AUGGGAGCCCCUCUAGUGGGCCUCCUAGGUUAUUUUUCCAGAGGAUUUGCUGCGGCAUUUGACCAACACAAGGGAGUUGAGCGAGAGAAACUCAAGGCCAAACAAAUAUCUCUGGCCAAAUUGGUGUGCCACUCACUCUGCUUGAGGAGCAAGAUCAGUAACAACAAGAAAAAGAAAAAGGGGGCAGAUGACUUAAAAGAUUUGGAAGGAGAAAAAGGAAUUGCCUUGACAAACAGAAGCUUAUUGGGAGCAAAUAUAACAGAAGCUGAAGAGGAGAAGCCAGCCUUCUGGGACCAGCAGGCAUCCAAGGCCAUCCAGGCUGCCCUGCGCCUCCAUCCCCGGCACCACCAAGCUAAGAACCUCAUCCUCUUUCUUGGUGAUGGCAUGGGCAUCCCCACCAUCACCGCCACCCGCAUCCUGAAGGGACAGAUGCAGAAUCAUCCAGGCCCUGAAACACCACUGACGAUGGACACCUUUCCUUACGUGGCUCUUUCCAAGACGUACAACGUGGACCGUCAAGUGCCUGACAGCGCUGGCACCGCCACCGCCUACCUCUGUGGGGUGAAGGGCAACUACAAAACCAUUGGACUGAGUGCAGCUGCCAGGUUUGACGAAUGCAACACGACAAUGGGCAAUGAAGUUGUGUCUGUGCUGAAGAGAGCCCACUUGGCUGGCCGGUCUGUGGGGGUCGUGACCACCACGCGAGUCCAGCACGCGUCGCCGUCUGGGAACUACGCCCACGUGGUGAACCGGAAUUGGUACUCAGACGCCGACAUGCCCGCGUCAGCGAUUGCGAACUGCAAGGACAUUGCACAGCAACUGAUUGAAAACGUCAACCUGACGGUGAUCCUGGGUGGUGGCCGGAAGUACAUGACUCCGGAAGGCACUCCGGACCCCGAGUAUUCCUCCAGCUCCAGCCAGGGCAUUCGCAAAGAUGGCAAUAACCUGAUCACCAAGUGGCUGAACUCCUCUCUGGGCACCAAGUACGUCUGGAAUCGAACUGAGCUGCUGAGCGCUGCAGGCGACCCAGGUGUUAGCCGCCUCAUGGGUCUCUUUGAACCUGGUGACAUGAGAUAUGAGCUGAAUCGCAACAAUCACACCGACCCAUCCUUGGCGGAGAUGACAGAGGCAGCGAUAAAAAUCCUGAGCCGCAACCCCAAGGGCUUCUACCUCUUUGUGGAAGGAGGCAAGAUUGACCUUGGACAUCACGACGGCAUUGCCAAGCGGGCUCUCACUGAGGCAGUGGAGUUUGACAAAGCCAUCCAGCGGGCUGGGGAGCUGACCACGGAAGCCGACACUCUGACCGUGGUGACCGCCGACCACUCCCACGUCUUCAACUUUGGUGGCUACACGCUGAGGGGCACUUCCAUCUUCGGCUUGGCCCCUAAAUUAGCAGGGGACCAGAAGACGUACACAUCCAUCGUGUACGGAAAUGGGCCGGGCUACCAGAUCACCAACCAGAGCCGUCCCAAUGUGACCAUGGAAGAGAGCGAGACCGACAGCUACCACCAGCAAGCUGCCGUCCCGCUGGACUCGGAAACCCAUGGUGGUGAGGAUGUGGCGAUCCUGGCCAAGGGCCCCAUGGCUCACCUAUUCCAUGGGGUGCAGGAGCAGACGUAUAUUGCGCACGUCAUGGCAUACGCUGCCUGCGUGGAGCCAUACGAGGCCUGCGACCUGCCCGGAUUUAACUCUGCCAGCUUUGCCAGCCCCACUUUUGUGGCUCUUCUCCUGUCCUCCUUGGUCCUUUGGGGGUGUUAG